UACAGCCCGGACAGACGGAGUGAUGGAGUUGGAGGAUUUCACACAGUACAAUGUCAGUGUGGCAAUAUGGACCUACAUUCCCCCUAUACUCAUUGUUAUUGGAACAACAGGUAACAUUCUAUCCAUUGCCGUGUUGUCUCAGACGUCUAUGAAAUUGUCAACGACGUCGCUCUACCUGCGCGUCCUGGCUGUUGUUGACAUCGUCGUGUUGUACACUGGAUUGUUGCGACAGUGGCUGUUGUACCUUCUGGACCUAGAUGUCCGCUGGAUGACCGAGUCAGGAUGCAAGAUUCACACUUGGAUUGUGUAUGUGGUUGUACACUCAUCGGCGUGGCUGCUUGUGGCCGUCACAUUGGAGCGUGUGUUGUCGGUAAUGUUCCCGCAUACAGUGAAGAUGAAAUGUACAAGGAAGGCAGCAUACGCUAUCAUUGCUGGUAUCCUAGUCCUGUUUCUGCUACUGAACGCCCACUAUUUGUAUGGUAUUGGUGAUUACUACACCCAAGAAGGAAACGAGACGCUACUAAUUCCAUGUGACGGCAUUACAGAUGGUUAUUACUACUUCGAGACGACGAUAUGGCCGUGGGUGGACUUCUGCGUGUAUUCGUUCCUUCCGUCAACCAUCCUCAUCAUUUCCAACUUCUGCAUCAUCAGGACAGUCUUCAGCAGCGACAGGGAGGCCAGCAAUGUAAGAGGCUACAGUGGAAACGCCACGGCGAGGAGGAACAAGACUUCAUCCAUGACGAUGACCCUAGUUGUCGUUAGUGCGACGUAUGUUAUUUGCACAACACCCUUCUGUGUGUACACCAUCUACACAAACAUAUUCUCAGAAGGUUUGUCUCCCGAGACACAGGCUACGAGAAGUCUUUUGUGGUCGCUCGUCAACAUGCUUCAAUACUGUAAUAACUCCAUAAAUUUUAUCCUGUACUCUGUGACGGGCUCCAGGUUUCGACACGAGCUGAAGGGGAUGUUCUGUAAGAAGGCCUUUGUUCCCAGGCCCACAAUUUACACCAUGACAACCAAGAGCAGUUCCCUUCACCCAGUCCGACAGUAAGAAUUAAAGUCUUUACGGAUUUAACCGAUUGCAGUGGGACACUGAGUGUGACAUCAAAGAUUGAAGUCCUACAGUAGGGAUUGCAGUGCGCACUAAAGAUUGAAGUCCUACAGUAGGGAUUGCAGUGGGACACUGAGUGUGACAUCAAAGAUUGAAGUCCUACAGUAGGGAUUGCAGUGCGCACUAAAGAUUGAAGUCAUACAGUAGGGAUUGCAGUGCGCACUAAAGAUUGAAGUCCUACGGUAGGGAUUGCAGUGCACACUAAAGAUUGAAGUCCUACGGUAGGGAUUGCAGUGCACACUAAAGAUUGAAGUCCUACAGUAGGGAUUGCAGUGCACACUAAAGAUUGAAGUCCUACAGUAGGGAUUGCAGUGCGCACUAAAGAUUGAAGUCCUACGGUAGGGAUGUCAGUUGGAAGACUUUGGUGGCAGUCCAGUGUCUUUAACGUUGGUAACAUCACACGCAGCCGUGACGCUGUGUGGACGAGUAUCAAGCGUCAUUAUAUGUACGGAUUUACAACCCAGCAAGUGGCUGGUGCAUGCUGUGUAUUCCUGGCUUUGGCUACUGUUGGGAAUCUGUGAAGAUGUGAUUGUUGGUCAACGAUAAAUGGCCUUCGUUAGGUCUGUGACCUAAGUCCGUCCCUGAUGCCCCUCGAGUUAAAAACAUUGCUUCAGUAACUGAACAACAAUUAAGACAUUGAUCUUUAUUGAUUCAAACCAUUAAUAUAUUCAUUGCAAGAUAUAGUAGAUGUAGUACGUGUGCAUCUUUACAGCGUCCUUGAUGUCAUUGUCACGGCACCUCAUUCACUGAUUAGUAAGGACCAAUAAGCUCUCACCUAUUCUAAUUAUGAAGGCAAAGGUGAACUUAAUUAAAUUGUUUUGGAAUACGACAAGCGCAUGUGUGUUCUCCUUUCUGAACAACAAUAAGCUGUAAUAGUAUCACGGAGGCGGUCGGGUAGCCUCGUGGUUAUUGCUAAAAGCGGCGUAAAACAAUAAUUCACUCACUCACUCACUGUAAUAGUAUAACGAGGGCUGUAAGUAGUUUUAUCCGUCCCGCGUCAGAUUUUAUACCACGAGCCGGAGGAGAUAAUUAAAGUCACGUGACAGUACAAGUUAACCUCAACACAAUCGAACAGGUGUUUUCUAUCAAUGCAUAAUUUGUUUAAUUAUUUUACAAUGGCGGAUUGAAACAUGUCGGCAAGACUAUCGGCUCGUGGUAUAAAACCUAGCUCGGGUCGCAUGAAACCUGAUAUACCCCGACACAUGGUAUGUAUAUGUGGAUCUCCCGCAACGCGGUCCACACGCUCUCUGUGUAAGUGCUACGUGUCUUUCUAUAAAGUAUUGACUGAAGGUGAUCGAAAUGGAUGAAGAUAGGAAAUUGUUAUAAUAUGCUUAUGUAUAACGAUACGUGUGGCCAUCAUAACUAUGUUUCUUCUAUUCGUUCCAUACUAUUUUCUCACGGAUUUGGAGAAGGUUGGCUCAAGGAAGUUGUUGGCGACAAAACAUUGUAUCUAUGAAUUUAAAAAAGUUUUGAUAAAUAUGGAACCUGAACAAAUACCUUUCUCUUUUUGCUGAAAUAAAAUACCGAAAUGUUAUGAUAACCUUAAGGUAAAUGAAGGUAGAUGGGCUAAGUGGAUGUACGUUUACGACUUCGCCCUGUAUGUGCAACAUGUUCAGAGAAUGAAUAUAAUUUUACUUUUGAGUGUGAACAUUAAAAUGAUAUUAGACAACUUAGACAAAUAUGUAUGAAUUUACAAUGCUCCUGUCAUCCCCAUGUAAAUAUUUACUUGGAAAACUAUGUAAACACACAGAUUGCAGCUAUGAAAGAAGACGGAAUUAUGUAAGGCCAGUCACUAUGUAAAAUGGUACCUGACAUUUACCCCACUAUUUCCAAUGUAUGUAUUGUAUGUGCACCAGUGGCCUUUGUACAAAUAAAACACUUCGUCUUCUUCUUAAUAGAGGUACAUUGAUUUUGUUCUUGUUUCAUAUUCUUGUACAACGCAUAGGCUAUUAAAUGUUUCUCAUAAUCAAAAAUAAAUUUAUGUUGUGUUUGUAAUACAACAUCUAUAGGGUAUCGGUUUGGGGACAAUAAUGGGCUUUAGUGCAAACGGUAGAAUAAUGACAUCAAAUUCCAAUUACUACAAACUGUUUCAUAAAUAUCUAGCGCAACGGUUAAUCAGUAUGGUUGAUCACAUAAUAUAGUAGGCUACUUACUGUCAGUGAUACCAUCACGUCAGGGUUUCCAUUACGGUGCCCACAAUCUACCUUUGGAUCAACAUGAUGCAUUUGUAAUUUGUACAACGUGCGAGGCAUAUAAAACGUAAAUGGGUUUCAGCGCGAGUAGCGCCAUUAAUUGCUGGAGUCGGUAUUUAGUGUUCACGCUGCGAUGAUAUCGUCGACAGUUGAUUGCCUGUUUCGUUUCAGUGUAGCACUGACCUGGAACAAUUCUGUUUGUUCGGUGUUAUUCAGUCGGUAAUCUGAGUGUUUUGCCUUCAGGGCAUGCGGGCAUGUUGGGACAGGACUAAUGACAUUGUUUGUCACAGCUAUGUGCAAUUAUUUACUUCCCUCGUAAUCACGAACGAGGUGAAAAACAUAAGCCUAACAAUUCCACUGACCGAACUCCCAGAUCUGCCAGGGCGGUGGGAUAACCUCUUCACUGUUUUGCUCUAAUUGUUAGAGUGAGUGAGUGAGUUAAUAUUUAACGUCACAUCGGCAGUAUUGCAGCUAUAUCGUGACGAUCUAAUUGUUAGACAGACGAAGGAAAUUAUUAUAGAUUUUAGAAUAAAGACAACCGAGAUUCUGUCUGUUUUAUAUUGAUAAUGAAAACAUGGAUUUGGUUGAAGAGUGAAUUAUCUUGGCACCAUUAUUGGAACUGACAUGGAAUUUCAUAACGGAGCAUUUGUGCGAAAAGGGUCAAAAGCGAUUGCUUUUUUUAAGGCGUCUUGGGUAUGGUAAACUUGAUGACACAUUAUCUCUGUUUUAUGGAACAUUUUUUCAAAGCAUUUUAGUUCUGAAUGUCAGCUGCCUGUCUGUUGAAAACAUAAUCUAAAAUACAUAAAAUUGUAAAUACAGCAAGAAAACUUUCAGGUACCAAAUCUCAAACACAUCGGCGAUAUUUAUGAGCAGCAAAUUGUCUAAAUUGCACGUACAAUACUAAAUGACAAUAGGCAUUGACUUCAUUCAAGACACCAGUUUCUACCUUCUGACUGCCGACUGAGCUUGCUGAUGCUGCAAACAAACAGGGCUCGGAAAUAAUUCCUAUCCGCCAGUAUUAGUCUUGUAAAUUGUUAUCUGUUAAAUAUCUUUAACAGUUCGCUGUGUACAAAUUAUUCCGUAUAUUAAAGUAUACUAUCGCUGUGA